UUUUUUCAUUGCUUUCAUCCGUUUGGAUAUGGCACACUUAUUAUCUACAACCAUGGAAUCCAUUUGUUAUUGUUCAUAUUACGAAAAUUGUGUAAAAAUUAAAUGCUUAUUUAAAGCAAAUACUUAAAUAUUUAAUAUAAAAUAAAUAUGUAGUAACAUUGUAGUGAAGUGUUACUGUGUAAUAAGUGCAUAAUAUAAAAGAAAAGAUAACCAUAAAUCGAGAAAUUGUAAAAUGAAAUUUGUGAAUAUUUCAACUUAAAAUGCAAAUAUCUCGAAAACUAUAAGUUUCCGGCGGCAAUAAUUAUAUAUAUUCGAGAUCUGGAGAAUCUCCUCUAUCCAACCAUACCCCUCUUAACCCUGAAAUCGUGGGAUGCUAAACUAAAGUUUUCCCUUUUAAUGAAAUCAAUAAAUAAUAAUACAAAGAUGGAUGAUUGCGCUGAUGAUUCUAAACAGGAACACUUGAGACUGGCAUCGAUCAUCAAAGAUUGUCACGACAAUUUGAGAUCUCAAUCCAAAUUGAAAGGAAUGAAAGAUGCUUGGAGUGAGCACUUACAGAACACUGCGCUUUUGGAGCAAUACUCGACAGCUAUGCACCGUUUAGCUUCUAUUUGGGAAACUAACACUACUAAUCCCAACUUAUAUGCGCGCAGUCGUGUAAAAUGGAUAAUUGACUACUGCAAUUCAUACUUUUUUACAAAAAAAGUAUUUAUCGAAAAACGUGAUCGCGAACAGCGACUGGCGGCAUCAUACACUGGUAUGCCAACUUUUGAUGCAAGUGAAUUAAGAACAUCAUUUACAAAUUCUGUAAAUGUACUCGAUGUAGGCAGUUGUUUUAAUCCCUUUGCUGACGAAAGCAAUUUCAAUGUCACCGCUGUUGAUCUAUGCCCAGCAACAAGUGAUGUUCUAAAAGCAGAUUUCUUAAAAAUUAUGCUAGACAAAAUAGACAAAAAAAUAGUCAUCGAAGAUGGAGAAGUUCUACGCUUACCAUGUGAAUAUUACGAUUGUGUUAUAUUUAGUCUGCUAUUAGAAUAUAUACCAUCGUCAGAGGAACGACUACAUUGCUGUCAAAAAGCAUACGAACUUCUGCGUACCGAAGGCAUUUUGAUAAUCAUAACACCCGAUUCACAGCAUGUAGGCAAAAAUGCGAAAUUAAUGAAAAAUUGGCGUUACACCCUCGGUACGUUGGGAUUUUAUAGAGUCUGUUUCGAAAAACUGCCACAUAUCACUUGUAUGGUAUUUAGAAAAUCGCUUAUUCCAGUAGUGGCACAACGUUGGGCUGAAUUGCAUCGUGAGGAUUACAUGUCAAAGACAAUACACAUACCACAAGAUAAAGUGUGAUUGCCAGCAUUACAUAUUUUUUAAUACUUGAGUACGAAAAAAGUGUCGCUUUUUUAUAUUAUUUUCUAUUAAAAAAUAAUAAGUAUAGUUUAAUUAUGUAAAACUCUUUCAAGCAUGCCUUUAUUUGUAUGUAUAUAUGUACAUACUUAUACAGUUUUGUAUAACUGUUGAAAUACUAGUUAUUGUGAGCGACUUAUAUUUAACUUAAUAAAUAACUAUGUUUUUAUGAUUUUAUAUAUAUGUAUAUAUAUUUCUCUUUGAUCUC